AUGAGCCCACUUCCAGACCUCCACAAUGCCUUUCACACCCUCGCACCACGCGAUAGCAAGAUUGAGAAGCCCACAGAUCCAGAUGGCUUGGUGCUCGAGGCAUGGGCGCAGGGCUACAUGGUUGGAUCUCUCAUAAUAAUGAGCUGCAUCACUUUGGCCAAUAUGCGUCGAGGCGUGCUGCUCCACAAACUCAUCUUGCUCGAGGCAAGCUUCUUCAUUCUGUUCAAUCCGCCCAUCUAUGCCUGGUGGCUCUCCGUCGCUGCCAUUCCGCUCAAUGCUUCCUGGUGUCUGCACAAUGUCAUUGCUUGGAUGAAACUGCGACCCUUUCUCUCCAAGACAUGGAGCCGCAUCUUCAUCGGCACCGUUAUCCUCAGCUUCCCCUACUGGAUCGUUGAGAUUUAUGCAAAUUUUGCCUUCUUCCACAAUGUCAACAAGGUCUUCCUCAAGACCAGACCGUGGGAGGCUCUCUGUCGUGACCCUUGGUGGGUGAUAGCUGCUUUCAUCUUGAUGUACAACAUCAAAAGCAAAUACGAUCUCUCGAUUACCCAGAUUGUCCGCAUUUCGCCACGCUUCGCCGUUAUGCUAGGCGCUAUGCUUCUUAGCAUUAUAUUCAUUAUUCUGGAUAUCCUGUCAGUCACAUCAGUUCUGUCAAAUGCGCUUCCCGUGGGAAUCAAUCCAUUCUGGAAGCUGUCGUUCGUAUUCAAGUGUCUGACCGACUCGGUGGUCUUGGACGACUUCAAGACCGCUCUGGAUCGUCUACGAGCUUUCAAGAUCAGCAGACUCGGGAGUUUUGCUGCCGAUCCAGAUGACGCACGCUCCAAGAGCCAUCGAGAACACGUCAACAAUGCCAAUAACUGGGGGGAGCCCCCUAAGGGCGGCAACGCUAUCCCAAUCACCGACCUACCACAAAUGCCGUCCCCGGAUGGAGACUACAUUCACUCGCAGUGGAAAACUCCACAGCACCCAGGUGCGAAACCGACCAGCAACGAGAAAUAUGUCGCCCGGAGUGGAUCUCGAGACAGAGAUUUCGAGGAGAAUGCCGUCGAUCCGCUGAACCAGAUCGAGGAAUCGCCCCGAAGAGGCGCCAGCGAGGCGCAUAUCCUUCAUGAUCGGGAUAGCUGGGGCGCGCAAAGGUCGACCGGCGGUUCUUCAGACCUCGAGGACUACGCCGAAGCAGUGCGCCAAAUGACGCAGGACUCGAAACCACGGCAUAACGUCGGCGUUGCACGGAGUGGGAUCGUUGGCCCAGAGAGAAACCCCCACGCCGACUUUAAGCAGUCCUUCAUCGACGGGGCCGAGACCAAUGGCAUGGACUCGAACGAACUGUCCUACGGAUAUGUUCGCCAUUUCGCCGGUGCAAUUGGCUAUAUCUGUCACCUGAACGACUUCGUGCAGCUGAGAUGGACGUGUCAGCACUACUAUAUGGUGCUUGACAACCUCUUUCUGGAGAUCGAUGGUAACGAUGGUGGAAACGAUCCAUCAGUCCAAUACCUGAAGGUCCCGCUUCACAGUCAAGAAGGAGAAGUCGAUGAGGACAACAACUACGCUGGGAACCACGAAGCUGGUCUCAAGCAGAAGCCUACACUUGGGUCUACGGAACCAUGGAACGAGAAUGACGAAGUAGAUCGUCCGUUCGGGUAUGACGACGCUUAUGGAGAAGAGAAUUUUUUCGAAUAG